AUGGAAGAAAGGACUGUCUUGUUUGGGAAAUACGAAAUGGGGAGGCUUCUGGGCAAAGGGACCUUCGCGAAGGUCUACUAUGGCAGACAAAUCGCCUCCAACGAAAGCGUGGCGAUCAAAGUGAUCAGCAAAGACCAGGUGAAGAAAGAAGGCAUGAUGGAGCAGAUCAAGCGAGAGAUCGAAGUGAUGCGUUUAGUUCGUCACCCAAACAUCGUCGAGCUCAAGGAGGUCAUGGCCACCAAGACCAAGAUCUUCUUCGUCAUGGAGUACGUCAAGGGCGGCGAGCUCUUCGCGAAGGUCGCCAAGGGGAAGCUGAAGGAAGAUCAGGCCCGUAAAUACUUCCAGCAGCUGAUCAGCGCCGUCGAUUUCUGCCACAGCCGAGGCGUCUCCCACCGCGAUUUGAAGCCCGAGAAUCUGCUGGUCGACGAGAACGAAGAUCUGAAAAUCUCCGACUUCGGCCUCUCCGCCCUGCCGGAGCAGCUCCGGAACGACGGCAUGUUGCACACCCAGUGUGGGACCCCUGCUUACGUGGCGCCGGAGGUUCUGAGGAAGAAAGGGUACGACGGAUCCAAGGCUGACAUCUGGUCCUGCGGCGUUGUGCUCUUUGUCUUGCUCGCUGGGUUUCUUCCCUUUCAGGACGAGAACCUCAUGAAGAUGUACAGGAAGGUUUUCAAAGCUGAAUUCGAGUGUCCGCCAUGGUUUUCGACCGAGACGAAACGGCUGGUUUCGAAACUCCUGGUCUCCGACCCGGAGAAACGCAUCACCAUCCCUGCCAUCAUGCGCGUGCCUUGGUUUCGCAAGGGGUUCACGAGGCCCGUGGCGUUUUCGGUGCACCAGGAACUUGUUUGUGAAAAGUCCGAAGAGGAAGAAGUGCAAAGCGAUGUUCAAAAGGCCAGCAGCAACAAGUCGUCGUCGCCCAAGUUCUUGAACGCGUUCGAGUUCAUUUCGUCCAUGUCUUCCGGGUUUGAUUUGUCGAAUUUGUUCGAGAGCAAGCGGAAGGCGGGGUCCAUGUUCACUUCCAAGUGCUCAGCCACGGCGAUCAUGGCGAAGAUUGAGCUGGUUGCCAAGGGGCUGAGCUUCAAAGUGGCCAAGGUGAAGGACUUCAAGAUAAGGCUGCAAGGGGCCAAUGAGGGAAGGAAAGGGCGGCUUUCGGUGACGGCGGAGGUGUUCGAGGUGGCGCCGGAGGUGGCGGUGGUGGAGUUUUCGAAAUCGGCCGGCGAUACUUUGGAGUAUGCUAAGUUCUGUGAGGAAGAUGUUAGGCCAGCAUUGAAAGACAUUGUUUGGACAUGGCAAGGUGACGGUGACGGUGACGGUAAAGUCGAGGGUGAUCAACAAGACUCACGAUGA